AUGCACCAGCCCCCGGGCUUCGCUGAUCAACAACAUCCCCAGUUUGUAUGUCGCCUUAAAAAGUCCUUGUAUGGUCUCAAACAGGCGCCACGAGCAUCGUAUACACGGUUUUCAACUUUUAUCACAUCACAGGGGUUUAAAAGCAGUGCAUGUGACCACUCUUUAUUUGCAUAUUUAUUGCUAUAUAUCGACGAUAUUGUGUUAACAGCUUCUAAUGACACUUUGCUUCAAGAUAUCAUUGGCACUCUCUCACGAGAGUUUGCUAUGACCGACUUAGGACGUCUGCGUCAUUUUCUUGGCAUCAAAGUUGAUCAACUGCCUACCGGUCUCUUUUUUUUAUCACAGCAUCAGUAUGCAAAGGAAAUCAUUGGGCGUGCCAACAUGACUGCUUGCAAGCCCUGUCACACACUUGUGGACCUCUCGUCCAAACUCAGUGCCUCUGACGGUCCCCUUGUAGCAGAUCCCACUUUGUACCGCAGCCUUGCGAGGGCCGUACAGUACCUGACUUUUUCUCGUCCAGAUAUUUCCUACGCUGUCCAACAGGUUUGCUUAUUCAUGCAUGACCCACGGGAACCCCAUUAUGCUUUCAUGAAGCGCAUUAUACGGUAUAUACAGGGUACGCUUGAUUACGGGAUUCGUAUUGUUAAAUCAAGGAGUCAUGACUUAGUUGCUUACUCAGAUGCUGAUUGGGGGGGUUGUCCUGAUUCGAGACGUUCUACUAGUGGCUAUUGUGUGUUUUUUGGUAAUAAUCUAUUGUCUUGGUCUUCGAAACGGCAACCUACUGUUUCACGUUCGAGUGCUGAAGCUGGGUACCGUGGGGUUGCUAACGCAGUUGCGGAAGCCACUUGGCUACGCAACUUAUUACUUGAGCUGCAUACACCCUUACGAAAGGCCUCCAUCAUAUAUUGUGACAAUGUGUCGGCUGUCUAUCUCUCGGAUAAUCCUAUGCAACAUCAAUGUACAAAACAUGUCGAGAUUGACAUUCAUUUCGUCCGUGAGAAGGUUCGAAUCAGACACAUUUGGGUAUUGCAUGUUCCAUCUGCUCUUCAGUAUGCGGAUAUCUUCACAAAGGGGCUCUCUAAGCAGUUGUUUCAGUCAUUCAGAUCCAGUUUGAGUGUUGGACCCUCACCCAUUCAAACUGUGGGGGAGUCUUAG